AUGGAGGAAGAAACAUGUCAAGAAACUGUUUCACCAACGUUCGAAGAUAAAGAUCAGGAUGAUGAAAAAACCAAAUUAGUAAGAAACAAAAGAGAUACUCCAUUUACUGAAGAAGAUAAAACUGAUGAAAACCAAAUACAUGACGGGGUAGUGCUUCAUAUUGCGAAAGAUAAAAAAUCUCCGAAAGAAAGUCCAAAAUCUCUAAUUAAACCACAAGAUCUACAUAUUUCUCAUGAAAUUCCAGAAAAACAUGAUAUUAAAUCUCUGGUAGAUAAGAAAGGCAUAACUCCUAAAUCUCCAACUAAACUAGACGAACAUGAAAUACCUACAAAACCUAUAGAUGACGAAGUAGUUCCUCAUAUUACGGAAGAUAAAAAAUCUACGAAAGAAAGUCCAAAAUCACCAAUUAAACCACAAGAACUAGACAUUUAUCAUGAUAUUCCAGAAAAACUUGAUAUUAAAUCGCCGAUAGACAAAAAAGACAUUACUCCUAAAUCUAAACCAGACAAACAUAAAAUAACUAAAAAACCUACAGACGUUGAGGUUGUUCCUCAUAUUAUGGAAGAUAAAAAAUCUCCGAAAGAAAGUCCAAAAUCUCCAACUAAACCACAAGAACUAGACAAAAAAGACAUUACUCCUAAAUCUAUACCAGACGAACGUGAAAUAACUAGAAAACCUACAGAAGAUGAGAUUGUUCCUCAUAUUACGGAAGAUAAAAAAUCUCCGAAAGAAAUAGGUUUACAGGUUUUGGAUUGUUUGGAAAACUGUUUAUUGGCCUCUAGAGUUUAUGCAGCACAAUUUCACUUCCAACAUCAUCCCGGGAAAGAAGUGUUUGAAAGGCUUUUAAGAAGAUUUCGUGAACCAAAUGAAAGGUGUGCCAUAAAUAAGCCCACAAGAGCUGACGAAAUUAACUAA